GGCGGGGCCUGUGGGGCGCACGCGGCGCCGGCUGCGAGGGGGACGGGUCCGGACCCCGGCGGAGGGGACGCGAUGGGGAGGGGGCUCCGUGGGGUCUCUGGGUCUCGGGAGAUCUCUGGUGCCGCUGAGAGGGGUGCCCUCGGUGGAGGACUGAACUGAAGCAUCCCUGGGUGUUUAUCCCGUGACUCCUGGAAGCCGAGAAGUGCUGGAGUGGGCUCUCGGAACACUCGGAACCGGGGCUGAUACUUGGAUGCAAGUUUCAACACAAUAUUUAAUUGAGAACAAUACAGAAGAUGGGGGUGUGCAGCUCACUGGAAAAAGAAGGUUUCUGACAGCAUUGGAGCAGCAUUUGAGAUGAGUGCAGUGGAGAAGAUGGAGGAGCAGCUUGCUAGUUUGAGCAUAGCAAAGCGUUCCACGCUGAGUGAGGAACCUGCUUACUUACUGGAUGUGGACGUUUCCAAACCUUCUACAGCUGAAAGCAGUGGCUUUGUGGCAGUCUCCUGUUCCAAUAAGUCAAUUAGGAUUUAUAACAGGGAAACUUUAAACUUCCUGCGGGAGUACAAGAGCUGUCCUGGGGUACUUCACGGAGUCAGAUUUGCACAUGCAUGUGACAGUGUAGUGUUCUCAGCAUGCAGUGAUGGCACAGUGAAAUGUUGGGAUAUUCGUUCAGCAUCUCAGGAAGCUGUGCAGAUAUUUAGUGGCUAUCCUUCCAAUGUUUUCAUCAGUUUUGAUAUCAACUGCAGUGAUCUCAUCGUUUGUGCUGGAACAGAAAAAGUUGAACAGGACACAUUCCUGGUGUUUUGGGAUGCAAGAGGCAUUACAAACUGUGCUGCCACAACUAAGGAGCCCUUGGGAGUCUAUUCUGAAAGUCACAACGAUGAUAUCACAAAAAUUUGUUUUCAUCCAAUCGAACCCAGUUUGAUGGUUUCUGGGUCAACUGAUGGGUUGGUUAAUGUGUUUGACAUUAACAAAGAUAACGAAGACGAUGCUUUGAUAUCAACUUGCAAUUCAGAUUCAUCAGUAAGUUUUAUUGGCUGGUCUGGGAAAGAUUACAAGCAGGUGUACUGCACGACACACGACGAGGGGUUUUGUUGGUGGGACAUGGCUCAGUUAGAUACUGAGGAACCAAUAACACAACUGCAUGUUCUGGAUGUCAGAGAUGUAGUCUGCAUUGAAAACAACAGCUUACAGUACCUGGUAGGUGGCUUGUACCACGAAAAGGCAGACAAACUCUUUCUUCUUGGGGGGACAUCCACAGGAAACAUUCAUCUCAUCAGCUGUGGCACCGAUGGACUGAGCCUGGUGGGUACCCUCUGUGGAGGACACUCUGCCAUAGUUCGCUCCUUCUGCUGGAACCAGGAAGAUGAGUCCCUGUUGACAGGUGGAGAGGAUGCUCAGCUGUUGCUAUGGAAACCUGGAGCUGUGGAGAGGUCCUUUGCAAAGAAAGCAUCUAUGAAGAUUGCUUCUUCUGUGCAGAAGAGAGUGAGAGUUCACAACAGCUCCCUCAAAAGCAGAAAAAAGUAAAAUCAUGAAAGUGGAAAUCUCUGCUGUGUAGAGGUUUCCUGGUGAUUAAUCUCUCAGGCAGUGCUUGGCUCUGCUGUGUUUGGAGGUAUUCUGUGGACAGAACUAGGAUGCUUGAAUUUUACCUGGGAAUGUAUUUCAGUCAUCAGAUUAAUGUUGUUUUGUUCUGUUUUUUUUUUUUAAGUUUCAAAUAUUAAUCAGAAAAGAGCAAACAUUUGUUCUGAAAUUCGUGAACAACAGAUCUUAAAUCAUAUUAUAUAAAAAUGCUUCUGUAGUUGUUUAAUGUCUCAGCCAACAUUUUAAAUGUGUAAUAUAGACUUUUGGCUUGCAAAAUUUUUUACUUUCCCACUGAAAUUCCCUGGCAUGUUUUAAAAGCUUUUAGCAUUUCAUGCUGUAUUCUUCCUUCUUUAUAGAGAACUUAAUGAAAAUGCUCAAUUUAUUAAAAGAUUUAAUGUCC